GUGAUAUCCCGUCCGUGUCCCGGGAAUGCACUGAUAGUAACCUUGACUUGUUGGUAUGAGAGUGGCUGUGUCCUUGAAGUAUUGUAUUUGUUUAUAAACAGCUGACUUCCAUCUCGCCUGGCCUUGAUACCGCGCUGGGAGCCGCCCGGUUCGGGCGCAAUCGGCGGGCUCCGCUCGGUGCUUCACCGGCGAUUUUCUCGGAACUCGUGCGAUUAAAGUGGAUUUUUCGCGUUUUAUUCGCACAGCCGUCGCCUUGUUCGUCGGAGGAAUGUGACUCCAGGCUGGGUUUUUCGGUGCUGGCUGCGGCAAUUGUCUGGUGGGGUUCCACGAAGCGGUCGCGUUUUGGUGGUUAGUUUACCCGUUACCGCACCCGGCUGCCCGGACGAGCGAUCCAGGGUGGCUUUGGCUCCAUCAAAUAGGCCCUAAAAUGACCGGUUUUCGCACAAUUCAGCGCGCGGUUUUGAUAUUACAAGCAAUUUUUCGACGAGGGACUAGAAGCAAUCUCAAAUGGUAAAUGGAGUAAGCGUUAAAAAUGAAUUUGAAUUGGUUCGCACAUAUUAUCGUCCAUCACCCCUACAUCAUUAUAUCGGCAGUUGCUGUGUUCUCUGGUACAUGCCUGGUGAUACCUUUUACACUGAAAACCAAGCCCUUCAAAGACUUUUCGGACCCCAAAAUGGGCUUCACUACCAGAGGAACAGCUAUAUCAAACAGACUAACUGCUUGGAAGAACUUAGAUGAAUCAACUCGACCAUCAGGACAAUUUGCUAUUAACCCCAAAGAUAUUUUGAUAAAACGAAAUGUAACAUUUUUUAAACCUAAAGUUAAGAAAAAUGGAAAAAAGAAGAAAAACAAACAAAAAAACGAUUUUUCUAAUGUAACUUUGCCGCUCAAGUCGCCCCCUUCUAAACCACCAUUUCAGGUAUUUAUAAAUGAAGCAAGUAAUAAUCGCUCUGACAAUAGCUACGAAAAUAAUAACUGGAGGGCUCUACAAAACAUGUUGCACCCAAAAGCUGCUGAAAACGUCGCCGUCAAACCGGUCGAAAUCGACGGUUUUUUUUGUGGUUAUCCUGACGAACGAUUCGCUCACAUAGUAUUAAAAUCGAAAAACGCCGAGGACCUGUUUACUUUAAAAUCUUUACUGGCUCUGUGUCGCAUAGAGCACGAAUUUAUUGAAGCUCACUAUUACAAAGACUUGUGCAUUUCGAAUCAGGAUUACCACGUAAAGAAGUGCUGCAAGCCAUGGUCUUUAGCCAAUUACAUAGCAAUUUUACACAAUAGAACUUCGUGUUUAGCAAUUACGGAAGAAGACGUUAACGCAACAAAAACAUUAUUGAUAAAUUGUUCGCAAUAUUUUCAUAAACUGCAACUAAUGCAAGAUUGCUUCGAUAAGGGAUACUGUGAUGUACCGCUUGAAUGCGUUCGACACGAUGCCGUUUUUAAUGUACUUAAUUUUUUAACAAGCACGACGUUUCUGCCGCCUAAUAACACUCGGGAGAGUACAACGUUAGAAGAAACAAUGAUCUUUCUACCACUAGCAUGUAGUACAGCAAUUUUACCAUAUUAUCACGAGAUUAUUCAAAUGGACUUAGAAUAUGAAGGCAUAUCAGUUGUAGCAAUGGAAUUUGGGAUAAAAGAUGCUCUGUUUGACGAGUGCCUGUUACGGGACGCUUGGUUGAUGACUUCCGGGGCACUCUUUGUGUUAUUAUGCAUGUGGCUAUAUACGGAAUCAUUGUUCCUGACUAUCAUGACAAUAAUUGCAAUUAUAUUCUCACUGGGGAUUUCGUAUUUUAUGUACAUGCUCGUUUUUGAGCUGAAAUUUUUUCCGUUUAUGAAUUUGCUAGCUAUUAUUGUUGCAAUCGGUAUUGGAGCGGACGAUGCUUUUAUAUUUUGUAAAAUAUGGCACAAAGUUAAAGAAGAAAAAAAUAGCUCGAUAGUCAAACUAAUGGGUGAUACCUUCUAUCAUGCAUUUUUUUCGAUGUUUGUUACGUCCUUAACGACCUCGGUGGCUUUCCUGGCCUCCUAUGCCAGCUCUGUGACGGCAAUAUGUUGUUUCAGCAUAUUUUCGGGGACGGCCGUAAUAACGAAUUUUUUUAUGAUGAUCACUUGGUUCCCCGCAUGUGUUGUAAUAUGGGAGCGCUCAUGUUGUUCAAAUGUUGAUUUAGCGAAAAGUUGUUUAAUGGCGUGCUUGCAACGUUGGUGUUGUUCAAAACUGAUAAAACCGACUUGGAACUUAUCAACGACAUGGCCGAAAUGUUCAUUUUUGGGGAGAAUCUGGAGUUCCAAAGAGCGUUUCUUGUUAGACAGUGUUGUCAAUUUCAGAUAUAUAUGGUUGGUUAUAUUGUCCAUAAUAGGUUUAAUAAGUACGAUCGUUGUGAUUUAUUAUCCGAAAUUUCAACUACCUGACUCAUCCGAAUUCCAACUGUUCGACAGCUCGCACCCCUUCGAACAAUACGAUUUUAAAUACAAAUAUCACUUUUGGUUCAGACGCGAGGAAAGGGAGAAUUUGGUUGGCGUUAAUUACAAGCUUCCGUUACGUUUUGUCUGGGGUGUUUUACCCGUGGACAAUGGCGACCAUCUGAACCCGGAGAGUUACGGCAAAUUGGAGCUGGAUCCGGACUUCGAUAUAUCUCAACCGGAAUCUCAAGUGUGGCUCUUGAAGUUUUGCAAGCGCUUGCAACGCCAGCCCUUUUUCCAACCCACCUUUGGGCCCCUUUUGCCAAACUGUUUCAUUGAAACGUUCAUGCGCUCGAUGCAGAGGGAUUGUGUUGACUCGUUUUCUCAAAGAGAUUGGUCACCUUGUUGCAAAAUGUCCACGUUUCCGUAUAACAGUAGCGUGUUUUAUGAAUGCAUAGUGGAAGAGAUGACGGAUAUUUACGAAACACCUAGUCAAUAUUUGAUACCUGGAAUGGCCGGUCCGAAAUUUUCUAAAGACCAAUUUCCGACAAUAAAAGCUGUUAUCGUAGAGUAUGAUAGUAAUUAUAGUUAUUCAAUGUCUUAUGAAUACAUGCAUGAAUUUUACACGAAAGUCGAGAACUGGAUGAUUGAGGAGCUGAAGACGGCUCCCAAGACAAUGAAAAACGGCUGGUUCAUCAGCGAGUUGGAGUUCUACGACUUGCAGAGAGAGUUAUCGGAAAAUACUAUAUUAGCAAUUAUAGUGUCAAUGGGAUUAGCUUUAAUAGUCUUGCUUCUAUCAACAUUGAAUAUUUUGACAAGUUUAUACGCGAUUUUAACUAUAACGUGCAGUAUUUUUGUAACUGUUGCAGUACUAGUUCUGUUAGGGUGGAAGUUGAAUAUUUUGGAGUCUAUAACUGUCUCGACAGCUAUAGGUCUUACUGUAGAUUUUAGUUUACAUUACACUGUGAAUUAUAGAUUAUGUCCACUUGCUCUGGCAGACGAGCGGAUCGCUGCUACCAAGUACGCAUUGUCUUACAUGGCAGGUCCUGUAUUGAUGGCAGCAUUAACAACCGGGGCGGCUGGAGCAUUCAUGAUGCCCUCACUAAUCUUGCCAUACAUACAGAUCGGAAUAUUCCUUGUAACUGUAAUGAGUGUUAGUUGGAUAUAUGCCACAUUCCAUCUGGGUGCUAUGUUGGCCAUUAUUGGACCCCAGAAUCAGUUCGGCCAAUUCCACUAUUCCAAGCUUAGUUGUUGUCCUUCCAGUAAAUCAAAAACGUCCUCUAGCGACCGAAAUCGUCCUGUUAAUCACUCCUCUCUCUCAGAUACACACGAAUUAGAUUCGUUGACUUGCAAGAGUGGAGUACGGCCUAUUCCGAGACCCCUCCAAAGGUCUCUCAGUACUGGCGGGGCUGGCAAAAACAACCACAAUAGAUAUGUUUUUACCGAUCAAUCACCCUCCGCCACCAGCGCCAUUACUAUUAUCAUGGCCGAUGACAAUUAAAUGUAACAUUAGGACUAAAUGUUCUGUGAUAUACUCUGUAUUUCUUUUAUUUUUAUUUCGAUUUUUACAUAAAUGCUCUUUCAACAACUAUCAUUUACCCUUGUUCAAAUGGCAUUUAAGUAACAAACGUACACAUAUAUAAAUUAAAUAUAUAUUAUAGAAAGGA